UCUUCAAUAAUUCUUUAUAGGUAGAAAUGUAAUGUCAGCAUUUUUUAAAACUUAUAACAUAGUUUAAGUAGUUCUGUGUCUGGUAAAUCUAGUUUUAUUUUAUUGAACGGAGUUGUACUGAUAAGAGGGCUGCCACAAUUUUAUAUGAAUUUUGCUUUUAAAAAAUAGAUUGUGUUAAACAUUUUAUGCUAUGUAAAGAAUGCAUGAAAGUGCUGAAAAGAAAAACUUACAAUGUUAUGGUUUAACUAAUAUGAGUGGUAAAGUUUUGCGACAAGAAGAGACAUCUUCUGGUUACAGCUCAAGAGAAAGCCUUCAUGAAGGUGCAAAACAACCAGCUGUUCAAGACAGUGAAUCCAGUUGUUCGUGCAAGCGUUCAAAUUCCAGCAAAUCAACACAACGAUAUUAUUCUCCAUCAUCGUUAUCCGAUCUGGACAGCAUCAAGAAGAAACCAUCGUCGAAACAUUCCCGUAGUGGUUCACCAAGCCUAUGCUGUAGUCAGAAUGGAUCAUUGCAUCGGGUGAAUGAACAAUUGCAGCUUCAAAACCGGCUUUUAGAAGAGCAGAAUCUAAGUUUGUUGGAGGAACUGCAAGUAUCCAGACGAUUUUAUCAGGGCACAUUAGCCGACUUAAGCUCAAAACUUUCUGCAGCUGAAAAUCGGAUUAAACAUUUAAAAGAAGUCGUGAGUACCCAAGAAGAAGCAAUUGGUGCUCGAAAGGAAGAUACCGAUGUUAGUAUCAGCAGUAUCCCUUCUUCACCAAACCUCCAACUAGAAACACCUGUCUUUGGUAGACGAAAACAACACAAAACAAGCAGUGUUGUCAAUUUUCCAUCUUCACAAAGAAACCGAGGUUCAUUUUGCGACACGCCUCAAUCAGUUGUCUCUGCUGCUGGCAGUAUAGUGUCGGAGUGUUCUGGUCGGACAAAACGCAGUCCAUUGCAAGGAAAGAAUUUUGCUCGCAUGAAGGAGCAUCUCUUGGAAAAGAAUCAAAAUUUAAAAACCGAUAUAGAACUUCUAAAAGUGAAAACAGAUGUACCGCGGUCGGCUUCUGUUCCAGUGCUAUGGCCCGAAAAAUCUCAAGAGUUGCCGAAUAUCAAGCAGUCAAAUAAACCAGUUAAUGCUAAGAACUGUAUAGAUGAAAAAAACCCUGAAAGUUCUUAUGCAAAGCAGGUUGCCUCGGAGUCGAAGAAAAAAUCGAAAAGUCGACACAAGCCACGUUAGUCUGGUCUGGGAAAUUAUUAUUUAGUAAACGAAUGACGGUAACUGUACAGUUGAACAUUUUUUUCCGAUAAUUUUUUGCAAUGUUUUUUUUAUUUUACCAUGACUUGUCAAAAACACGAAAAUUUUUACAUAGUAUUUCCUGUGGGGUUUUGAAAUGUAUUUGUGCCAGGUUGCUUUAUAAAACGUUAACGAUUGUAGAGUUGGAUAGAGGAAUGAUUUGGGAUAUAAAACCGAUAAAAUUUACUAGUUAUGUUCUUGUUAACCAAUUAGCAUUUUUUAAUUUAACAACCCUUCGACUUCUUGCUAAAAACGUAUAAUUAAAACCCGUUAACGUUAGAAAGUUGCUCAUACUAAAAUGAUUUCUCGUGUCAAAAACCACAAGGUGGCCCUCGUAAAUACUGCACGGGACUCAUUCUUAAAUUUUGACUCAAUCUUCAAACCGCCCUUCCCUAGGAAAAUUAUUUGCUAUUAAAGAAUUUCUUUUCAGUUGACCUGUUGAAAUGUUUUACGUGACUCACAGAAAGUUCGGUGAAAGGGAUUUUAACUUCCAGAGGACUUGGGUUUUUACAUUUAAAGUUUUUUACAAUUUUGUUAUUCACUGCUGAGAUUUAUACUCGCAAAAAUUGCGAUUAUCAUUCGGAACAAAGUUUCUGGUUCUGUAAUAUCUUUUCUUUUAUUUGACGUGAAAGACUUACGUUAAAGCAAGUCUUUCAAAAUGGAUGUUUUUUAUUUAUUUAUUAGCGUUAGUUCUGCAAAAUACACAAAUGUUCUGUGGAUUGUUAAUGUUUUGUUCGAAAUGUAAUUUUUAUCUAAGAGCUGUCUUAAAAUGUGAUAGCUUUUACCUAAAAGGUGGAAAAUUUCGCGAAUUUUAUACAUUUUUAUUUAAAAGAAAGGAAUUGAAUGAAGGAGCAUGCAGUUGCUUGAAAAUAUCGUUCGGCAUACGCUUCUUUCCUUUCCAUUCCAAUUUCCCGUUGCUUAACACACCUCUGCAAAGCCAACAAAUUUUUACAAAUUUGCCUUCCAUCUAAAUCAUUACCAGUGAAAUGUCCGUUCCUUUUCCAUUUCGAAAUUAAAAUUCCGCGAAUAUUUUGUCCCUUAAGCCACCUUUUUUUAUAUAUUUUUAUAUAUAUUUUUAAUUUAUACUCUAAAAUGUAAUUUUAUUCAACAGCUGUUUUCUGUUUCUUUGUUUCUUUUAGCCGAUUUAAUUUUCGCAUUAGACCGUGACGUCAGCAAGAUCUCAACACCAUAAAAGUGCAGUUGUGUGGGAAAAAAAUGGCCCACUCGAGCGAUAAGUUUUUUUCUCCUCGCUUUUUUUAUUUCGUCUCGAUAAGUAAAAAAUAUUAAGAAAAUUUUUAGUGAGGCAUCCAAACAUAUAUUUUUUUUCAUUCUUUUAUGAAUAUAAUGUGAUAAAUUUA